AUGCGAGUAUUUAUGAUUCUCAUGGCCAUUCUGACCACGGUGUUGGCCAUCAAGAUCACAAGCAUCUUCACCCUUACCAUCCUGUGCUCUGACCUGAUCUACGUCAUCCUGUUCCCUCAGCUGACCUCGGUCUUGUUCGUAGACGCAGCCAACAUCUAUGGAUCAAUUACUGGGUACGUCUUGGGACUGAUUAUCCGGGUACUUAGCGGGGAGUCGAUGCUAGGCCUGAGAGCAGUUCUGCGGUGGCCUUGGUAUGAAGCGGAAACGGAUUUCCAGCCGUUCCCCUAUAGGACGUCUAGUAUGCUCAUCAGCAUGUUCACAAUCCUUCUCGUGUCACACAUCACAAACGUCGCGUUCCGUGCUGGCUGGUUGCCACGGCGAUUUGACGUACUCAGCGGCAUUGUUUGGCAUUCAGAGAGUAAAUGUAAAGAAUACGCGGAUGAACAACGAUCAGUUGAAAUUCAAAAUCUUCCGAUCGAUACUAAGGAGAAUAUUGCUUUGGAGAUACUUCCCAGACAGAUGGUAGAGAUAAAUGAAUCUGAUAACGGUGAUACAUAA